GCGGCGGAUGCGGUGGCCGGGGGGGGCGGAUGGCGGCCGCGCUGCGCCAUGUUGCGGUGGCUGGUGGCGGUGCUCAGUCACUCCUGUUUUAUCUCCAAGGGCGACAGCAUGUUCUACGCGGUGCGCAGGGGCCGGCGGGCGGGUGUCUACCGCACUUGGGCGGAGUGUCAGGAGCAGGUGAACAAGUUCCCCUCCGCCAGCUUCAAGAAGUUCGCCACUGAGAAGGACGCCUGGGCCUUCGUACGCGCCGGCCUGCCGGGGCGGGAGCGGCUCCCGGAGCCGACAGAAGGGGCGCCCAGUUUUCCAGCUGUAACACAGGAAAGCAGUAGCCAGAGAGAGGAAGCAGAAAUAAACAUAGUGUGUUGCAAUACAUGCAAAAGACCGUAUGAACAGUCCACAGAUGAAGAACACGUUGCAAAGCGGGUAAAACAUGAAGAAUUAUAUUCUGCACCGACAGUCAGUGAAGAUAAAUUUUCAUAUAUGGGUGACUUUGCAGUCGUUUAUACAGAUGGUUGUUGCUCAGGUAAUGGACGUAAUAGGGCACGUGCUGGAAUAGGUGUCUACUGGGGACCAGGCCACCCUUUAAAUACCAGUGAAAGACUUCCUGGACGGCAGACCAAUCAAAGAGCAGAAAUACAUGCAGCCUGCAAAGCAAUAGAGCAAGCAAAGAGUCAAAACAUCAAGAAACUAAUUAUCUACACCGAUAGCAAGUUCACUAUUAAUGGCAUUACGAGCUGGGUUGACAACUGGAAAACAAAUGGUUGGAGAACGAGUUCAGGAGGAAGUGUAAUAAAUAAAGAAGAUUUUGAAAGACUUGAUAAUCUAUCAAAAGGCAUAGAAAUUCAGUGGAUGCAUGUUCCUGGUCAUGCUGGCUUCCAAGGAAAUGAAGAAGCUGAUAGACUAGCAAGAGAAGGAGCUAGUAAACAAAAGUGCUGAUGUACUGGGACUAGAGACUACUGCAGUGGGAGGAAAAUGACUAACAUCACAGUGGCAACUUGAACUGCUGUAAUUGUUUCAGAGUUGAGAUUUGAACUGUACUUAUUUCAAGCCUGAAGUGUUAAAUAUAUACCAACUUCUGGAGAGAAAGAACACACACUUUCUUCUAUAGCAUUUGUUUUAAAAUCAAAUCAAUAUUUAGUUGAUGAUGAGUAUUUGCUUUUCUCCAUCUUACUGAAGGGCUGUGGUCAGUUUUUAGCUGUCUUGUAGACAGACUUCCGAAUUCAUCGUGAAGACAGACUUCUGAAGAAGUAAUACAAAGUCUUUAUCUUAUGUUCUGUAUUUUCUUCUUCAUUAAAUAAAUCAAUUUUUUUGUACAGAGAUGUAUAUUAACAGCCCAAAAUAGUUGGAGGCCAGGGGAGUUUGGGGUUGGCUGGUUUGGUAAGAGGUCAGUGACCUCACAUGGAGAUGUCCAUUUAAUAUGCUUUGGCAUAUUAAGCUAGAAGUCACUGAUUUUUUUUUUUUUUUUUUCUUAAUUCCUAUACAGAAUGGUAGUGCUCUGUAGCUUGAUUUCUUAAUAGUUACAACUCCUUUACUGAGGAAAAGUAUGAGUUUGUACAUAUUGAGUCAUGUGGAUUGUGAUAGAGUGAGAAAACCGGCUAGCUAUUAGUUAAUAGAUAAAUGAUGUUCUGUUUGUUUUCUGUUAUCCAAAACUGCACAGUAAAGCUCAUCUGGGGUAAGGUAAUGUGCUGAUUAGAAACUUUUUUUUUUGUUUCUCCCUCUGCUUCUUUCAUAUAUAUGCACACAAUUAUCCAAUUAUUUAUACACAGUUAUUUAUUUUAGAAGUUUGGCUUGAAGGAAAACACCCCAUCGUCCCAGAUCAGAUCUCUAGUUGAGGAAGAAGUGUGAGAAACAAUGUACUGAAGAGGUGGCAUCUAAUAAUCUAUGUAUUGUACAUCUCAAGUUAAACAUGUAGAUCCUAUUUACUGUAGGUAUUGAAAUCUGUAUUUCUUGAAGCAGCAGGUUUGGAAAAGAAGUGUAGGUAGUGGUGGGUAAGCCAUAACAUCAGUGUAAUACUAAAUGUAAGCAACUUUACUACCUGAACCUAAUAAGUAGAUUAUAAUAAGAUACCUUACUAGGAGAGAGGUUUAUGUUAAUUUGAUACCAGUGUUUAUCAUUCUUACUCUGGAUGCUUGUGAUGAAAGAAAGCUGAGAGGAAAGUUACACAAUUAAGGCUGAUUAAAGGAUGGAAAGCAAAUAAUACUUUUUAACAGGGUCUCAGGGACCCACAGAGGAUGUUGGCUGUUCAAGUCAUUCUCUUCAGGGAACUGAAACUAGGAGGGUAUUGGCAUGUAGCAGUCAUGAGUUUCAGUGGCUAGGCAUUGAACUUGUGGCUGGAUUUUGAUGUGCUUCUAAAACUGUGGAAAAUAGCAGCAUUAGACCAUCUUACUUGUACGGUUAUGGGACUUGCAAUUAAACUUUAUCCAGAGUAAAUAA